AUGUCACGCAAGGACGAAUCCAAGGCCAAGGAUGCCUUUGUGACUGUCAAUGUUGACGAAUUUUCUCGUGCUCGCGACAAAUUCAUCAUCGGCCUCGCGGGUCUGCAGUCGGCCGUGUCGGAUUUGUCACGCUUCUAUCUUGAUCAUACAAACACUAUCCUGAACCGUGGACCUGUCUUGGCUGAGAACAGUCUCACCUCUGGACUCGCCGGUGGUUUCGCUAGCAGCUUGUUUGAGAACGCUCUCUUGGGUAGCGCUGUGGCGCAACAUGCACUCGGUCAGGAUGCGGGCAAAUCCGAAACUGGCGAGAAGAAGAAGCGCAAGCGUGCCCCUCAUGAUCCCAAUGCGCCCAAGCGUGCUUUGACGCCGUACUUUCUCUAUAUGCAGCACAACCGUCAAUUGAUUGCCAAUGAGCUUGGUCCUGAUGCUAAGCCCAAGGAUGUCGCUGACGAGGGUACCGUUCGUUGGAGCAACAUGUCUGAUGAAGAAAAGGCUGUCUGGAAGAAGCUCUACAACGACAAUCUUGCCGUCUACCGCGCCAAGAUGAAUGCUUACAAGGCCGGUCUCCCUAUUCCAGAGGACGACAACGUCAAGGCCGACAACCAACUGCAACAGAGCGUCGCUGCCGCUGAGGCCGAGGCUGAAGAAGAGACCGACUCUCCCAGCGAGUCUGAAUCUGAAGAAUCCGACGAGUCCGACAUACCUGCCAAGGAACCUACUCCUCCUCCCAGCAAGCGUCGUCGUGGUGGUGCUCUCAAGACCCCCGCUUCACCAGUGUCUACCAAGAAGGCUUCUCCCGAGAAGAAGAAGCAAUCCACGCCUCCUAAGAAGGAUACUUCAUCGCGAAAAUCCAUUGGAGGCUCGACUGAUGGAAAGCGCAAGAGCAAGAAGCGCAAGAGUGAAGUUGGUGGGGACGAGUAAACUAAGGCAUCCACAAAGAAUUGUUUCAAGUUAUCCGUAUACAAAUCCGAUUAUAGUGGUCUUUUAACCUUCCUGUCUUGUACUUUGUCACAAAAUGUGUCUUCGUUUUAUUUUGUUGUUGUUGUUGUUGUUUUUUUUUCUUUUUUUUGCAUUUGGGGGUUUGUAUGGGUUUUUAUCUGGUGUUGCUGUCUUUUCUAAGAGUCCAGGCGUGAUGUUGUUCAGGUAGUUAAUUA